UCUACAUAGGCGGAGAAUUCAUGAAAAUAGCUAACAAUAGUAAUGAACCUUCGGGUUCUACUUACGCGGAGAAUUCAUGAAAACAGCUGGGCAUCUGCCAACUUCAAAAGUCAUCUUUCUAGAUUCAGUUCUCUGUGCCAGAGACUUCUGAAUUUCUCACCGAUGAGCUCUGUUGCUGAAUUGGAAGUUACUUUAUUAUGUAGUCAAUGGCAAAAAUAUGUUAUGAUGUCUUAUUUUUGUUGAUUACUUUAUCAUAUAGCAUUAUUUUAUGUUUAAAUAGGAACUCGAGAGUCACGCCAGUAUCCAUGUGCAAGCCUAUUUGAUCACAAUUUAUAGAAUAUGAACAAUAUUAAUCUAUGAUGAAUAACAAAUGAUAAACGUUCUAAGUUUGAAGUGUCGGUUGAAUUGUGUUGGAUCAGGGCCAGACUAUUGUAGAGAAUGACAUUAAGUACAUAUUAUAUUUAGGUUAUUAUGGAAUCGUCAUUACUUUUCACUAUACUUUAUAUACUGAUGUCUCUGUGUUUCGUGUAUCCACCCAACGAAUUUGUAUCAGCAGGAUUCACCGUUCAGUGCAUAUUGUCUACUUGGCUUGGAAGCGAGAAUGAAUGUUUUAUACAGUAUCAUAUUCGUAGAAUUGUUGCAACUCUUCUCUGUCAUUCUCUUUUGCCACUGGGUUACUUAAUGGGAUUGUAUUUCCUCAGUAACUCAAGUUCCCAGACCAUGUUUUGGCAAGGUAGUGCAGUAUGGCAAUUGUCUGUAUUUGCUGCUGUUAUGGUACCAUUAGCAGCAAUGUACUUGGUAUGGGGCUGGUGGCGAAAUCAGUGGAAGUCACAUCCUGUAGCCAAGACUCUUGCUUGUUUCUGUAAUCCCAAUGCAGAAUGGGUAUCUGUAGCAUCAGAUAUCAACAUUGAAUUUCGAAGAAUUGACAAGAUUUGCAUUGAGACAAAUUCAAUAAUGAAAGUCAUAGCAACAGACAACUGGAUAAUUAAAGUUGCACCAUACUGGUUAGAUAUAGCCCACCAGAGUGAUGCUGCUCUGAUCUUGAGCAGCAGCGACACUCACCAAGUUGCACCAAGCAGUCCUGGUGGAGCACAAUACCUCAACAUUGAAGUGAAGAGUGUACGGCAAGGAGUAAAGCCAUUUCAUAUCAGGUUAAAUGCCUUUGACUUCAGAGACCUCCAGGAUAAAGUCAGUCGUCCAAUUACUGUACUUCAAAAUGUCACAUUUCAUCGAACACUUGUUGAUAGAUUUCUGGAUGCAUUCCGAGAGCAAGUGGCUGAAAAUCCUUUUUAUGAAACUUCACAGGAUUUGGAACUCUGCAUCGGAUGUAUGCAGACACCAUCUAAUGUGAAGCUGCAGAAGAUGUGUGGAGAUGUGACAGUACAAGGAGAUUCCUGCACUACCUGUUAUUGUCGUCCAAUGUGGUGCCUUGAGUGUAUGGGUAAAUGGUUUGCAUCACGACAAGAUCAGAAUCAUCCAGAAACAUGGAUGGGUUCAAAAUGCACCUGUCCAUUGUGCCGCAGUUGUUUCUGUAUGCUGGAUGUGUGUCAGGUGCAUUCUAGAUGAUACUGUUUUUUGUCAGCGAAAGGCCGUUUCUUAUACAAAAACUGCUUGACGUGCUGGAUACAGCUGUGUAAAGAAUGCCAGUGACUAAAUAAAUUAUUUAAUUUGUUUUGUUAAUUUUGUACAUCAGGUCACUUAUUUAUACUUGUGCUUUCCAGUGCACUAAACCUUUGUCAGAGGUUAGAAAUUAAUAUUUUAGAAGCUGAAAACAUCAGAUUUGACUUGUGUUUCAAACAUGAUAUGUGACCAGCUGUACAGGUGUAAUUAAUGAGUUAGUAAUUUUAAAUUUUUGCUUAUUUUACCCAAUUUUUAAUUAAUUAAUCCUGAAAUGUGUGUCCUUGAAUUGAUUUUGUUGUAACUAUUAAUGGAAGAACCGAAUUUUAUCACAGCCAGAUUUACUGUAACACUCGUUCCACCCUUCUCAUGGUGGAGGCAUGGAAGGACUUCUUGAGCAGAGUAUCAAUCAAAAAAUCAGUCAAACUUUUCAACCAUUACCACUGAAUGAACUCAAAAUUUUAAUUCUUAUAUUGGAAGAAUGCCAAACAAUUCUUCUUAAGUAGGAUUUGAGGUUUUCAUGGCAGUGAGUACAAAGAUAGCUGAUGAUGGAGGCAGCAAGGACAUCUGAAACGUUGUUAAACUUCUACCAGACUGCACAGCACUACUACCCAGAAGACAGCCAUCUUAUUACUUCUUAAAUUUUCACUAAGGAAGCAUCAUUGCAUGUUUAUUGAUGCUGAGUAUCACCAUUUUGAACAUUUAUUUUAUAUCCAGCAAUAAAAUCUUCAUAGAAUUCUUGCUCCCCUAUUCUUAUUUUUCUAACAUUCAGGUAAUGAAUAAUGAGUCUUGACCACCGAGAAUCAGACCUAUGUUUAUAUGACAUUUCUGACUGGGAAUGGCCUCAGGAAUAAGUUCCUGAAGUUGCAACAUUAAGUUGUGAAUCACCCUCUACAUGUGCCCCAAAGGGAUCACCUGCUUCAGCCAUGUGGCCUUUGGCACAACACCUCACACCUUGACCUUGACAGACUAUGGUUCUUUUAACUGUCCCUAGAGACAUUACCUCCCUCUGCAACAUGGAUGUCACGGUUGGGUUUUGGGAAGGGAAUUUAUGUUGAUAUGCCAUAUUUUGGAAAGGUACUUCUGCGAGUAAUGUUAGAUCUGUUCAAAUGCAUAUGAUACAAAUCAAGAUACGUGAAACACUAAGAGGAGUAUUUUCCUUGGAAGCGUUGAAGCAAGAACGAAGGUGGAAAGACUAUAAGUGCUCCAGUUUUCACUUCCAUUAAUAAAGAAAACAUAAUCUAAUUUAAAUAGUUAUUCAAAUGUCACUUGAUACUGACCUUUCUUAAUUUGGCCUUUUGUUGCUUCCAUGAGGAAAAGAUAAAUUGCUUCUGGUAAUGUCAAUGUAUUUACCAAAUGGAAAUAAAAUUGAAUUUUGAAAAAUG